GGGGGACCUCAGAGUGUCCGAGCGCGUACAGAGUUCGGUCACACCUCCGCCUGUCUCCCGCCUGGUGCAGUGUACUCCCCGCGCUCCGCCCGCAUCCUGCAGUCAGAGCCCUGGGAACUCGCUUGGGGACUGUGCUCGCGGGUUCGCCGCAGAGCUGCGAACGGCUGCUGACCGAGAUGCCGGGGAAGAAGGCACGCAAGAGCGCGCAGCCCGGCCCUGCCGGGACCCCGGCAGAGCGCGAUGUUGUCGAGUGUGCUAUUCAACUCAGGAGAAUUGGAGACAAAAUUAAUUUCCGGCAGAAACUUCUGAAUGUGAUAUGCAAGCUCUUCUGCUCAGGCACCUGACUGAUUCAGAUCCUUUGAAAGAGGAGAUUCCUUUAAAAUGGAAGAUCCCCUCGUAGGUGCAAAUUUCACCAGCUGUGAUCCUGGGGAACAUAAAGCAGCCCUUGCUUGCUUUUUGAAUACGUUUGGAAAUGAAGACGGAGGUUUCCCAGAAGCCAUUCUUUGGGAUUUUGUUUGUUUGAAAGCAAGAAUAGAAGAUCCUUGAAAUAAGGAAGUAAUUACUUAUACAUUUCUUUUUUGCUUAGAGAAUUGUUCUAGUAUUUCCUAUGAAGGUGCUUUCCACGUUAGAGGAGUUGAUGAAAGACUGUGGACAUGGCGGAAGAAACGGAAUAUGUUCAAUUCUUGCCUGUACUUUUAGAUGACAACUCGGGAACACUGUAUAAUAUUGGGUUUAUACAUGCUAUAUAUAUUUUUUUUUAUUGUUAGUAGUCAGAAUUGCAUUUUGAGAACACUGACUGUUAUAGCGAAUGUUGAUUUCGUAGGCCACUACAAAAUGUAAAAUCAUUUGAUAAUUUCUUUUGACUCAUGUUGUAUUUCUUCUGUUCAAUUGACCUCUCAUUGAAUGUAUCCCUGUGAGCAUGAACUGGAAAGUAUGUUUUUGAAAAAAUUCCACAGGCUUAUAAGAGUCAUUACUUGGUGUUAGUAAAACUCUUGUAGAUUGAAUAUUUAAUGAUAAGAGAGUGGGGAUUUUGUGUAACUAAGAAUAAUAAAGACAAAAAGAAAAGGAAUUUGACUGUCAUUGGUGUAGUUAAAACCUAGUGAGACAAAUCUUCUAAAGUCAAGGAAAGAAAAAAUGUCUUUCUAAAGUUUCUAAACUGUAAAAUCCUCUUGUACUAACCAGGGUGCAGCCUAUAAAAAGUGAUUUUUUUUAAAAAAGAAAUUAAUCAUGUUUUCAUAAUUGGGAUGUACUUUUUAAAAAGAGGAACAGAUGUUUCUCAUCCAGAAUGAAAAUUCUACAUAUACAUACACGAAUAUAUGUGUACAUUUGUGUGUGCGCUCACACAGGGAUGUCUCUAUACAUUUGCAUUAGAGUGUUAAUGCAGAACCCUAGAAAGAUUUCAUGAGUUUUUUUUUUUAAUUAAAGUUUCAGACUAUAAACAAAGUUCCCAAAUACACAACUAAGAAGUUAUAACAUUUGAUUACAUUUCAUCAGGAAUAAUCUUAUUUAUUGUGCCUAUUUAUAACUAAAAUCUUUUUAAUUUAAUCUGAAUGUACAUUAAUUAACCAUGUAUUUUUUUUAGUUCAGACAAAGCUUUCAUAACUACUUGAAAUGUCUUAAUAUAGGAUAUAGUCAUAUUGGAGCCCUGGUGGCACAGAGGUUAAGAGCUUGGCUGCUAACCAAAAAGUCUCACAGUUUGAGUCCACCAGCCACUCCUUGGAGAAACCCCAUGGGGCAGUUCUACUGUGUCCUAUAGGCUUGCUGUGAGUCAGAAUCAAGGGGUUUAUAGUCACAUUAGAUGAAAAGUUACCUCAGCAUUUUUUCCAGUAUUAUAUAAGGCUAUCAGUUUCAUUUAAUGCUUGUAAAAGGUGUCAUUUUUUUUUCCUGGCUACAGGCAGAUUGUCAUAUUGGUAUUUAUGGUCUGUAACUAUUUAUAUAUGUAUGUAUAAUUUGAUACAGUAGCAAUAAACUUAAAAAAUUAUAUUUCCUCUGUUUAUUUCUUCAUCACGUAAACUCCUAAGUGUUCACUCUCUGGCCCCAAUAUUUGAACUGAUUUACAUCAGCAGGCACCUUUUGACCGUAUCAGGUCAAUGCCAGGAGCUGGUGAACAUGAGGGCAUUUGGCUUGGUCUCUGCUGCCAAGGGAUUUACACUUGAAUUGGGAGAGGAAAUAGUAAAAAAAAAGAAUGGCAGACAUCCAUCUUGAGUGCUGCCAAAUGCCUUACGUUAAUUUCAAGUAGGCUAUAGAAAUCCAGGAUCUAAUUAAAGGUACUUGAUUGCUCCAGGGUUGGUCUGAGGCAAGAGUAGCUCCCUUCACUUCCUUUUAGGUGACCUCACACUUCUCCCUUGCUCUGCCCCGAUCUAGAGCAGCAAGUAUUGCUUCAUCCCAGCAGGUCAUGUGCAGAAGUAGGUUGACUCGUGGCCUCCCUGUUUGAGUGUGAGAACUAAAAGAUACCCCUAGUUUGUAGCUUCACCCUAGGAACCACACCUUCACCCCACCCCUGCCUUCAAAAAUAAGUCUGCUGACAUGGUGGAAUGGAAAUUGCCUCCUUUAAGAGGGGCGAGGGGGAGGAAGUAAAGGUUACAGGAGGAAGGUCACAGCAGGAGAUGAGAGCUGGAGGACCAGACGGAUGGGAAGCCAGGGAGAAGAGGUACAUGACAAAGGUGCCAGCUCCCUGAGGGAGGGGAGCUUUGUAUUGCAGGAGGAAGAGGAGGGGGAGGUUGGCUUCAUAAAAGGUCGGCCAAUCUGUAGGCUGGACUUCAAGGUCUUUGGAGAGUAGCUCCCUGCUCAUAAACCUCUUUAGGUAGCCAAAACCAAACCUUGAUGUUACCUUUGCUUAAAAGUAAUAUAUUUUAAUGUCAAAAAUUUUCCAAGAUACCCACAUAAUUGUAUCUGUGGACUGACAAAAGGCUACUAGGAAUUAACAUACUUGAGUUUAUAUUUAAAAGAAAGCCUCAACCUCAAUAGUCUAUAUAUUUGAAAAUAUGUAUCUAACUAGGGCUCUGGAACCAGGACUGGGAACCACUGCUUGUAGCAGAUGAAUUUUCCUUGAACUUGGACUCCUUUCUUAAGUGCAAAUAUUAUAAAAUUCCUCUUGAGGAGGACACAGAGCUGAACAGGACACAGUUUCCUUACUGCCAGGACUAGUCAUUCUAGAAUGAAGUAUAAAUCAAAGUGGUGUGAGUUUAGGACCCCAAACCAAAAC